AAAAGAAAUAAAUAUUUGAAAAGCAAAAAAAAAAGAAUCAGAAUAUGUUCAUCUUUUUUUUAUAUAGAUGUCAGAUUUCCUAUGCAAGUACUGCGGCUUGAUAUUUAAGAAUCACCUUGAAGGUCAAAUGCAUGAAGAUGGACAUAACCGCCCAAUGCUAUCGAAUAAUGAUGAUGAUGACCCAGUAAUGAUAUAUAAUUGUUACCAGUAACUAAUCUUAAUUACAUAAUCAUACAUUUUUACUCAGUUUUAGAAUAUUAAUAGUAAAAAUCAACGAUUUCAUCUUACUAUGAAUUACGGAAAUAUCACAUCCUUAAACGUUUUCAAUUUUAAUAUUAUAAUUGAAUUAUUGUUUCCGGAUUAAUCAAGAAAGUAGAAGUAAGUAGUAAAAUCAUAAAAAAAAGACCAUUACACUAUUGAGAUUAAAUUGCAUAUUCAUUUUAUGAGUACACAUGAAUAUUUUUAAACUAGAUGAACACCUUCUUCUUAUGCGGAUACUGCGGAUUAUUGUUUGACGAUGACAACGAAGGUCAAAGACACGAGAGUGAACACGAUCUUCAUCAUGACGGUGAAAAGGGGGCAACAUUCCAUUCAAAAACAGAUCAAGAACAUCAUUGCCACCACUGUGAUAAAGUAAUGAGCAAUGAACAGGACCUGAUGUUUCACGAAUUAGCUCAUGAUUUGGAUCAAAUGGAAUACAGCGGUGAAGGUCCAUGGUCCCCAUUGAUUCCCAAUUCAACAUGUGAACCUAUGGAAGAGGACCAUGUUGCAGAUCAAGAAAUGGCUCCUGAAUCCAUGGAAUCCGAUGAAGCAUCAACCUCUACUAGAACCAACUCAUCUCAAAUUGGUUUUGGCGGUGUGAAAAAAAUACCAUAUACCAUUCAAAAAGUAGGAGAACGAACUAUAAUGAAAAAUAAUGCUAUCGAUGUAAACUACAAUAUUCGGUUUAAUGCAGAAAACCCUGAACAAGGAAUGAGGCUGACUGAUCUGCUUCGUGAAUUAGAAGAUAUGUUUGACAACAUUCUCAAUGAAACAGCUCGAUGA